CCGUUGGGACUAAAGAGAGAAAGAGAUAUUCAGCUGAAGAGACAACGCCUGUUUCUGUGGAGGGAGAGUCUGAGUAGUUGCAGAAGCUGCUGAGCACGAGAGCUGUCAGAGCAGGUGAUCGCCCUUAUUUGGUAAUGGCCCAGAUCAUGUGACCACAAAAUGGUGGACGCUGUGAGCUGUUUGUAAACUGAGCAUCUCUACGAGAGGCUGGGAGAAAAAGCAGGAAAGGCAGCACAUCCAUGCUCUGAGACACACCGGGACAGAGACUCCAGUGGUCCUCCUGGAGAUGGACCCGUCAUCAGAGAGCAAGAUGAACUCUGAGGGGGGCGAAGGACGACCAGUCCCUCCCACCUCCCUCACCCUGCAGGGUGGUCCCUCUCAGAGGAAGAAGCUAUCGGCCCCUCGUAUCAGUCUGUCUCUGGACCAGAGCGAGGACGACCUGGGGGAGACGCCCGACGACCUGGACAUCAACGUGGACGACCUGGACACCCCGGACGAGGGCGAUUACCUCGACUACACCGACCAUGAGAUGGACUGGGAAGACCCUAACCCAGCCUCCAGGCCCAGUGAGCCGUCCUAUUCCAUCCCGACGUACAGCGCAGAGGAGGAGCGUCAGGACGGGAAGCUGUGGAGGACCGUGGUCAUCGGGGAGCAGGAGCACCGCAUCAACAUGAAGGUCAUCGAGCCCUACAUGAGGGUCAUCUCACACGGAGGUUACUAUAGCAACGGGGUGAACGCCAUCAUCGUGUUCGCUGCCUGUUUCCUGCCAGACAGCGACCGAGAGGAAUACCAUGAAAUAAUGGAGAACCUCUUCCUCUAUGUGAUAAGCACACUGGAGCUCAUGGUGGCCGAGGACUACGUGAUCGUGUAUCUGAACGGAGCGACGCCUCACAGGAGGAUGCCCGGCCUCGGCUGGCUAAAGAAAUGCUACCAGAUGAUCGACAGGAGGCUCAAGAAGAAUUUGAAAUCCUUCAUUAUUCUCCACCCGUCGUGGUUCAUCAGGACAAUACUGGCCGUCACCAAGCCCUUCAUCAGCACUAAGUUCAGCAGUAAGAUUAAGUACGUGAACAGUUUGGACGAGCUGCAGGAAACCAUCCCCAUGGACAGCAUCCAGAUCCCAGAAUGCAUCAUUACAGUCGACAAGGAGCUGAAGGAAGCAGCGGAGAACUCAAAGAGGAAUAGUUUUCUGAUGGGAUUGGAGUCAACAACAACAACAACAAAAACAACAACAGCAGCAGCAGUAGGAGGAAGAGGCAGAACAGAACCAGGCGCAGCGGGGGCCAGCAGCUCUUAAACCCACACGGGUCUUCAAUGUUCAAAGUUGUAUUGUACGGGUAAAGCUGGAAAUCAGAGGCCUGUAAAACUAGUGUGUGUGUGUGUGUGUGCGUGUGUGUGUGCGUGUGUGUGUCAGUGUUUGUCAAUUAGACACUGGAGUUGAAUAUGAAAACACAACUUGUUAAAACUCAAGAGUUAGAUCUGGUUCUCUGUGGAGCGUCAGAGUCAGAGCUACAGCUCGUGGUUCACGGUAGGAUAAGAAAUAAGAAAUGCAAUUACACACCGGACAAUGCACUGCGCAAAUCCAUUUGUAGAGUCUAGUGUUGUAGUCGUGUGCAUGAGAAGCAGUGAAGCAAUACUAUCACCCUUUACUGGUCACUCAGUAUUUCAGAUUUGAAAAAAGCCACUUGUGUGUUUGCAAUCCACAAUAAAAGCACAAGGUGAAGCCAAAAAUAC